AUGUCGAUGGUCUCCAACCUAUCAGCCCCAAAUGAACAAGCAGCGGGCGACCUCACUGGCUCCGCUGUCGCUUCCCGCCAGUCCAUGCCCAAAACUUCAACCACAAAACUCAAAAGGAGCAUCCUCCCCAGACAAGGAAUCGUCGGCCAGUACCUCCAUGCCGCCAAGGCAUCCGAGCCUGCCAUAUAA